AUGCUCACGUGUGUGGACCAAGAUGUCGGCGGCGGUUCUGUAUCGAAUGAAACGAAGAUCAACUUGGCGCGAAUUUCUCUUAGAUGGAUGAUUCGCGAAUGCUUCAGAAGAGAAAGUGGAAUUUUGUUCCAAGUCGAGGGUCUGAGGGAGAUCGGUAUGGACCCUGCCUCCCUCUACCCAGUCGUCAUCCCCCGUCCAGCUCCCCUCAACCCCAACGCUGCCGACCUCCGCAUCCAACGACGCAACAAGCCUCCGCCAAUCAUCAUGACCGGCGAAGACGAAUCCGACGACUACGACUUCGUCAACCAGAUGACGGAAGAGGAACACGAGCUCUACGACGCUCUCGCGCCCAAGUACGACCAGCUGAAGCUCGUCAAGUCGUGGUGGCUAUUCGAGAUCAUUCCAAUACGCCACAGAUACCAGCGAAACGAAGACGACAAGUGGGUUAGCAAGGUCCGAUGGAACUUCGCCAAAGGGCGAGUUAUUCCGAGGAUGAACACCGAUGGAGUGAAGGUGCACAGGAGUGUCAAGAUUAGGAUGGAUACCGUGUAUGAAAACGGGAAGAAGUAUCGACCGAAAGCGAAGUUGAAUCUGGAUAAGGUGACCUGGGUGGAUUGA